AUGGAGGACCUUCACCACGAGGACCCCCAUCACUACGGGAGCUCCCUCUUCCCCACCUCCACCCUCAUCCCCGUCACCAUCGUCUGCCUCCUGCUCUUCCUCGUGGGCGUGACGGGCAACACCAUGACCAUCCUCAUCAUCCAGCGCUUCAAGGACAUGAAGACCACCACCAACCUCUACCUAUCCAGCAUGGCCGUGUCCGACCUCCUCAUCUUCCUCAGCCUGCCCUUCGACCUCUACCGCCUGUGGAAGUACACGCCCUGGGUGUUCGGCGAGCUGGCGUGCCGCCUGUCCCACUACAUCAACGAGGGCUGCACCUACGCCACCAUCCUGCACAUCACGGCGCUGAGCAUGGAGCGCUACCUGGCCAUCUGCUUCCCGCUCAAGGCCAAGGUGGUGGUGACCAAGCGGCGGGUGAAGUUGGUGAUCGUGGCGCUCUGGGCCUUCGCCCUGCUGUCGGCGGGGCCCAUGCUGGUGCUGGUGGGAGUGGAGCACGAGAACGAGACGCAGCCGGACCAGAGCACGCGCCAGUGCAAGCCCACGGCCUACGGCGUGUCCUCGGGCCUGCUCCGCACCACCAUCUGGGUCUCCACCGCCUACUUCUUCUGCCCCAUGUUCUGCCUGCUCUUCCUCUACGGCUCCAUCGGCCGCAAGCUGUGGAGGACCCGGAAGGACCUGCGGGGCCCCAACGCCGUGGGCCGGGAGAAGUCCCACAGGCAGACGGUCAAAAUCCUGGCGGUGGUAGUGCUGGCCUUCGCCAUCUGCUGGCUGCCCUUCCACAUCGGCAGGAACCUGUUCACCCACGUAGACGACUACCCGACCGCCAAGCUGAGCCAGAACUUCAACGUGGCCUCCAUGGUGCUGUUCUACCUGAGCGCCUCCAUAAACCCCGUCCUCUACAACCUCAUGUCCCGCAAGUACCGGGCCGCGGCGCGGCGCCUGUUCCUCCGCUGCCGACAUCGCCGGCACCCGCCUAGCCAACGGCAGCUGUCCGGGAGAGAGGACCUCCCCACCUGUGACGAGACGCUCACCGGGGUGUAG